AUGAAACGUGACCGUUUUUUAUCUAUUCUUAAGUUUUUACAUUUUGCGGACAAUACCACAGUUAGAACUGAAGAUCGGUUGUACAAAAUUCGAAACAUUAUUGAAACAAUUGUAGAUAGCUUCAAGAGUUCUAUUAGACCUGGCAAAAAUAUCGUUAUCGAUGAAAGUAUGGUUCCAUGGAGAGGACGUCUACGUUUUCGUCAAUAUAUUCCAGGCAAGCGACAUAAGUACGGCGUAAAAUUAUACAAAUUGUGUUUACCUGAUGGCUAUACUUAUAAUAUAGAAAUUCACGCCGGGAAAAAUAACACAAUCACUGAAAAAUCACAUUCUCAUGAUGUAGUUAUAAGAUUACUAAAUGGUUUAUUAUUUGAGGGCCGCAUUUUAUUUACUGAUGGUUAUUAUACGAGUGUUCCUUUGGGUGAAGAACUAUUACAAAAUAAUACAUUUAUUUGUGGUACUGUAAAAAUAAACAAAAAAUUUCUACCACCGCAGGCAAAACAAAAACAAAAACGUGGUGAAUUGAUGCAUUUCGAAAAUCGUAGCGGUGUAAAAUUUCUGAAAUGGACUGACAAAAGACCAGUUUGCAUGUUGACUACCUCAAAGAAUCACCGGUGUAAAUUUGUGGCAGGAACAAAUGGCAAAGUAAAACCCGAUGCUGUGUUUGAUUAUAAUAUUGCAAAAAAAGGUGUUGAUUUAUCAGAUCAACUAUCGGGUUAUUACAGUUGUUUGAGAAAAACCAUUAAAUGGUACAGAAAAGUUAUAAUACAAUUAAUAUGCGGAACCUCCCUCGUGAAUGCGUGGGAAGUUAUUAUCGAUCACCUUAUGGCUGAAGAAGAAAUAUACUGUCCUAUACCGUCACAUAAACAUGUUCUUCAAUCAUAUGAGGGAUCUGCAAGAGAGUCACGUAAACGCUGCAAGGAAUGCUAUAAAAAAUUGUCCGAGAAAAAGGGCAGAGAUUAUGCCACUAACAAAACUACAAGAGUUAAGACUUAUUGUGGCCAGUGCAAGGGCCAGCCAGCAUUAUGCGCUCUAAUAGAUGCUACGCUUCAUCUGGCGGCGCGCCAUUAUUUCCUGUGCAUUCCUUCAUAG